UACAAUACAUUGUCAAACUCAACGGCAAUUACAACAUUAAAAGUCAAUCUAUCUUCAAAAGUAGACUAAAUGAUUUGGCUUGCAUUUAGCUGGAAGCAAUUAGUAUUCAUGGUGUUCCUGAAAUUAAGCCCAAGAGCAAUUGACUUUUCAAUCCAGUCACGGUGUUGUAUUUGAUCAUGGCACUUCUACACAACAAAAGAAGCUGGUUGUGUUGGAAUUGCGCCAUUCAGCUUCUCCUUGUUCAUGUUAUCUUCACGACCAAAGAUACCAGCUUCCUCAAGGAUGUGUCGGACUUAUGGAAUCCCAAAACAAUUGUGUUUUUUCCGCCAGAUGGAGACAUUUCCAAUCUGCCAAUGUCAAUUUUCCAAGAUCCCCCUUUGGAACAUGGAGUUGAUAUCCAGGAGAGCCCGUGGAACACAUCAACUUGCAUUGGCUUUGGCUUGCUUGUGACAACAUUCGACCCAAUCUUGAUAUCUCCACUCCUCAGAUUGAAGUGCGACAUUUUGUUCCUCAUUCCAGGAACAUUUUCAAGAUUGGAGCUUCUUCGACCUAGACUGGACAGCACUUUGUAUUCAUAUUGGAAUAGUGAGGGCAACAUCUCGCUUUUUGAACACUAUUCUAUUGGGAGUGGGCCGACUAAAAGCGCCUACAUUGGAAAUUGGAGCAAUGAAACGGGAUUAGAUAUCUCCAUUCCUUACAUUUGGGAACGACGUAGAGACCUCUCGUCACUCCAUCUUCGAACAACGGUCAUACAAUCGGAGCCCUUUGUGAUGAUCCAUGGAGACCCAAGUAGUGAGGGUUUUUUGAAUGUCUCGGGACUCUUCAUUGACACUUUCAGAGCACUUCAAGAUCGCUUAGGAUUUAGCUACCACGUGGUUUCGACAAUCGAUGGCAAUUGGGGAGGCUUGGAUGCUGAAGGCCGUUGGAAUGGAAUGGUCGGGAUGCUGGUGAGAAAUGAAUCCGACGUCUGCAUCUCUUCGUUGUCAAUUACUCAGCAACGCAAUGAAGUCAUCGAUUAUUCUCAAACAAUCAUUCAAGACGUCUUUACUGUGGUUGCCAUCAAGAAUUCCGGGCAUCACAUCAACGUUUGGGUGUAUUUGGAGGUGUUUCGCAAGAGCGCCUGGUUUUUCAUGCUCGUUUUAUUGUCUGGCCUCGCCUUCACAUUCUUCAUCAUCCAAUUCCUCCACUUGGAGAAUCUUCAUCCGGAUUCCGAACCGUUCUCGUUUCUCAAUGGAGUUGCUUUAGUGUCCCUCAUUUUGUUCCAAAGGGAUUACUCUCUUAUGAAGACGAGGCUAACCACCCGGAUCCUUUUCUACAUAACUUGCACUUCCUCGUUUCUGUUCUUCGCUUACUACACCGCGGUUUUGACUUCGAGUAUGACCGUUCAACCACAAGCCACUCCAAUAGCAUCAUUCCGUGAUAUCAUUGGUACGGAUUACAAACUGACCACAAUUGAAAACUCGGCCAUGAGCGAUGCCAUUCUGCUUUCCAAAGUGGGAACACCGUUGAAGACACUCUUGGACACUUCUAUGGCCGAUAAUCCAAAGUCCUUUACAGAGAAUCUGUCGUCGGAACAAAUCGAAGCCCUUAUCUUGGAUGAUCCAAAGAUCCUUUUCUUUACCACUGCCAUUCAGUUCCAAAUACGUCCCUUCUUCAAGGUUCAACCGUUACCGCUUGUGGAUCAGCUUUAUGACAAUCAGGGCUUUGGUUUGCAAAAGGACUCAGAGUUUUUGGACGUUUUCAAUUAUCACCUUCACCAUUUCAAAGAAACGGGAAUGCUCUACAAGAACCAUGUCAAAUGGAUAGCUCCCAAUCACGCCAGAGGCUCUAGUACUCAGAGCGAGAAAGUUGUUCUUGGGUACGAAAACCUCCUUUUUCCUUUCUUGAUCUUGGCUUGUGGAUGUCUGGGAGCGGGGAUAGUGGUAAUCGUCGAGUAUGCCUUACACUCGAUGUCGAAACUACUACCACAAAGGUGCUACGUUAACCGAACAUAAAUUUGUUCUAAUUUGAUUGAGAAAAAGUCGCACGCCACUAAAUCUUCUCAUUAUCAACGAAUUCAAAAACGUGAUGCUAAACUUAUUGAAGAUGGCUAAUAUGAGCCGGGAAUGAUCCUGAUGACAGAUGGACUGAUGGAUCAUAUCAAGUAUUCGUCGUGUGUAGCACCCCUGGAUGGUACCCCUGAGUGGAAGAGGGAUGACUAAAAACCGGUUGGGAAGAAUGAGCUCAGUUUCCUUUUUCCGGAGGAAAAUUAACUGUUUAUCCUCGAGAAAGAAUAAAGUCGCAUUUUCCUGAUUGUUCUCGCCUGAAACGGCUUUAGUGGUGACCCCGAUUCUGAAGAACGGUUUCUUCAGUUGAACAAGACGCUCAACACACCCAAGAAUCAACAUGCCUGAAGUCCAACCGCAAAACAACGGGUUGGCUGCCGUCGGCCUCAAGCUUCCGACCUUUUGGCCAACACGUGCCAAAGUCUGGUUUGUUCAAGCCGAGGCCCAAUUCGUCAUCCGUGGCAUUAAUCAAGACAGGACGAAAUGGGCCCAUUCGUCUCCGCGUUGGAUGAAGCCACUGGCGGCCCAUCCUCGAUAUCUUUGAAAACCCGCCAGCCAAAGACAAGUACGAGACGAUCAAAGCACGGCUCACCACCACCUUCGGCCUCUCCCUCCAAGAACGAGCACAGGUGUUACUCAACAUCGGCGAACUCGGCGACCGGAAACCCUCGGAGCUCAUGGACGAGAUGCUGGUGCUCCUGGGUGAUCAGCCCAAAAAUUUCCUCUUUGUUAGCAUCUUUCUCUCGAAUAUGCCCGUGUCUAUCAGACAGCAGCUCUCUGAUGUCAAGGAUUUCGACGACGCCCGCAAGGCCGUUGACCGCGCCGACGCCCUGUGUGCUGCCUUGAAGGGGUUGGCCGACGUCCGGCCUGAGAUCAACGUUACCGAGGAAGAAGCCGACCCCCCAAGCCUCGGUCUGUCUUCACCAAGGGUAACAAUUCCGCCAUCUGUUGGUACCAUGAGACCCAUGGAGCCGAGGCCAACACCUGCAAGCGUGGCUGUAAAUACUUUGCGGGAAACGAGAUGGCCGGCCGUCAGUAGCGUCGGCGGCCGGCUCCAAAUCAACAAAAAGGUUGCUCUACGCCUUUGAUUGUAAUUCAAGGGGUCGGUACCUGGUCGAUACAAGUGCCAAGGUGAGCGUCAUUCCUGCCGCUGUCUAUGAAAAACGCAACCGCCCUGUCACAUCAACCCUCUCGGCCGCCAACGGUUCAAACAUCAACGUAUAAGGGCAGCGCACUAUCCCUCUCAGAUUCGGCCAAAAAAGCUUCAACUGGCACUUCACCAUUGCUGACGUCUUUCAGCCUCUCCUUGGUGCAGAUUUCUUAUGCUUUUUCAACCUUCUCGUCGAUAUCCAAAACCAAUGCCUUGUCGACGCCAACACCUUCUCUCCAAUUGAUCUUGGGGAAACUUCUGGCAACGUUCCUGAUCUCAAUUUGGUUCAGGCUGCGAACAACGAUUUUGCCAGGCUCCUUUCAGACUUUCCCGAAGUUGUCGAGCUUUUCAUUCAACAAACAUGGCGUCGAGCAUUACCUACCCACCAUGGGCUUGCCUCUUCACUCACGUUUCCAUUGCCUCCCUCCAGACAUGUUAGCCUACGCCAAGGCCGAAUUCGCCAAGAUGGAGGAGAUGGGAAUCAUCAAACGUUCUAGCAGCCAAUGGUCCUCCCCUCACCACAUGGUCCCCAAAGGCUCCAAUGAGUGGCGCCCCAGCAGUGAUUAUCGGCGCCUGAAUGAUGUCACCACUCCCAAUCGGUACCCUGUGCCACAAGUUCAGGAUUUUGCCAGCAACCUCCCUGGCUGCCGAUACUUCACAAAAAUUGAUCUCGUCCUGGGCUACCACCACAUCCUGGUCCGCCCGGAGGACGUGCCCAAAACUGCCGUCAUCACCCCAUUUGGUUUGUUUGAGUUCCUCAGAAUGCCAUUUGGACUCAAGAACGCGGCCCAGGUUUUUCAGCGGCUUAUGGACACUGUCCUCAUGGGGCUUGACUGCGUCAAAAUUCCGGCCUUGUCAUCAAUGUGGCCAAAUGCCAAUCCGGUCGCUCCCAGCUUGAAUUCCUUGGGCAUCGGAUUUCCAAAGACGGAAUCCAGCCCCUUCCGGCUAAGGUCAAGUGAGGACAUCUCAAAAUUCAACCGGCCUCAAACAAUCAAGUGAUUGCAAGAGUUCCUUGGAAUGGUAAAUUUCUACCACCAAUUCAUCCUCACAGUUGCCCAAAUCAUGACUCCCCUCGAUGAAGCCCUUGGAGGGAAGCAAAAAGAACUCUUGUGGACUGAGUAAAUGACCUUUGCGUUCAAACAAACCAAACUUGCCUUGGCCAAGUCCACCAUGCUCUCCUACCCGUAAACUGGAGCCCCAUUGGGCCUUGUGGACGCCUCACAAACAGCUCUGGGCGGGGCCCUGGAGCAAUGGUAGAGGGGUCAGUGGCGCCCCCUAGCGUUCUGCUGUUGGCGUUUGCGACCUCCAGAACGGAAAUACAGCGUUUUCGACCGUGAACUUCUUGGCGUUUACCUCACCGUUUGCCACUUCGGUUAUUUUCUUGAAGGCCGUUCUUUCACUAUCUUCACGGACCAUAAGUCUCUUACAUUUGCGUUUGCCAAGAUCUCGGGAACGUGGUCGGCUCGCCAACAGCGCCUUCUAACGGCCAUAUCGGAGUACGCGACCGAUGUACGCCAUAUCUCCAGAAAGGACAAUAUAGUGGCAGACGCUCUAUCUCGCUGUCGGGUCAACUCUACCCUUCAACUCGGGUCCGAGGUCAAUUCUCUACAAUGGCUCGCGCUCAGCGAGAGGAUGAAGAGACGCGAUUCUGGAAAACGUCAUGCACCAACCUUCAGCUCUGUGACGUUACAUUUGGUCCAAACAGCGAGACAAUUAUGUGUGACGUUUCCAUUGGCCAACCUUGGGACAUCGUUCCGGUUUCCCUUCGUCGGCAAGUUUUCGAUGAAGUUCAUUCUCACGUCGGACCAAGGUUCACAAUUCAACUCUUCCCUCUGGCGGGAGUUCGCCAAGGUACUCGGUAUCAACGUCCAUCACACAACCGCCCACCUUUCCCAAGCCAAUGGCAUGGUUGAGAGAUUCCACCGCCACCUCAAAACUUCUCUGAUUCUAAAGGGGACUGGCUGGAUUUAUGAGCUUCCGUGGGUACUCUUAGGCCUUCAAUCAGAACUGCGCCCAAGGAGGACCUGUGGCGUCCCUGGGUUGGGUGGCACCCCUGAGUAGAAGAGGAAUGACUGAAAAUCGGUUGGGAAGAAUAACCUGAGUUUCCUUUUCCGCAGGAAAAACAACGUUUGAUCCCCGAUAAAGAAUAUAGUCGUAUUUUCCUGAUUGA